AAAUUAUCCAAAAAAAGGCGCAGAUCUUUUUUUAAUUUCAAUAGGACGGACUUGAAUAUUGCCUGUGAGCAGGCAGCAAACUAUGGAGAUUUCCUCUAUGUUUCAUUCUAUAAUGGCUCUUUCAUCACCUUUGUUCUCUUCUUCUUCUUCUCCUUUUUCUUUUCCAACUUCCAGUAGAAAGAGACCCAACAUUCACAAGUUCAAGUUACAGUCUUCGACCUCUGCGGCAACGAAGAUAACAACCGAUUCUAUUCCCCGGACUGAGGCAGGCGAAUUUCAGAACGUACUCACAGAUUAUGUCUCUCCUAAUUCUUCAAAUCAGUUUCCUGUUUCCCGUAAUGAUAGACAGUCGGCAAUUCUUCAGAUUCAGGAGUCGUCUGACUUGGGUUCUGCUCUUCCAAGGCUUGGUGAGACGCUUAAAGUACAGGAUAUGAAUGUGAUUUUGCGCUACUUUGGGAAGCUAAGUAGACGACAGGAGCUUUCUCAGGUGUUUGAUUGGAUGCAGCAAAAUCAGAAGAUCAAUGUUGCAUCUUACAGCAGUUAUGUAAAGCUCAUGGGAAAGAGCCUCAGUUCUGUUGAGGCUUUAGUAAUGUACAAAAGCAUCAAAGAUAGGUCAACAAAGAUUAAUGUCUCAGUCUGUAAUGCGCUUCUUAGUUGUCUAGUUAAGAACGGAAAAUCUGAGAGCAGUCUCAAACUGUUUACUCAAAUGAAGCGAGAUGGUUUAGUACCAGAUGCUGUCACAUAUAGCACGCUUCUUGCAGGCUGUGCCAAAGUAAAAGAUGGAUACUCUAAGGCCCUAGAGCUGGUUCAGGAGCUGAUGUCUAAUGGACUGCUAAUGGAUAGUGUGACUUAUGGGUCACUUCUUUCGGUAUGUGCUUCACAUAAAGAGUGCAAUGAAGCUGAAAAGUACUUUCAGAAGAUGAAAGCUGAAGGUCAGUCUCCUAAUGUCUACCACUAUAGCUCUUUGCUUAAUGCUUAUUCGGUUGAUGGAAAUUACGAGAAGGCUGAAGCAUUGAUUGAAGAAAUGAGAUCUGCAGGUUUAGUAUUAAAUAAGGUGGUCUACACAACUUUGUUGAAGGUAUACGUGAAAGGAGGUUUCUUUGAGAAGUCAAAGGAACUAUUAAAGGAGUUAGAAGCUUUUGGCUAUGCUAAGGAUGAGAUGCCAUUUUGUCUCCUAAUGGAUGGCCUUGUAAAGUCUGGACUUCUUCUUGAAGCAAAAUCAGUAUUUGAUGAGAUGAUGGGAAAACAUGUGAAAACUGAUGGAUACUCCUAUAGCAUUAUGAUUUCAGCAUUCUGCCGCAGUGGGCUUCUCGAAGAUGCAAAGAAAUUAGCUUCUGAAUUUGAAGAAAAAUAUGACAAAUAUGAUGUAGUUAUUUUGAAUGCAAUGCUCUCUGCCUAUUGCAGAGCAGGGGAAAUAGAGAAUGUAAUGAGCAUGAUGAAGAAGAUGGAUGACUCUGCAAUUAGUCCUGAUUGGAAUACCUUUAAUAUUCUUAUAAGAUAUUUCUGCAAGGAGAAGCUGUAUUUGCUUGCUUAUCGUACCAUGCAGGACAUGCAUAGAAAAGGUCACCAGCCAGAGGAGGGACUUUGUUCCUCUUUAAUUUAUUAUCUUGGAAAGACAGAUGCACAUUCAGAAGCAUUUUCUGUAUAUAACAUGCUGAGAUAUAGCAAAAGAACCAUAUCCAAAUCCCUUCAUGAGAAGAUUUUGCACAUUUUGAUUGCUGGGCGCCUUCUCAAAGAUGCUUAUGUAGUUGUCAAGGACAAUGCAGGAUUCAUCUCCCGGCCGGCUAUCAAAAGGUUUGCUGUCAACUUCAUGAGAUCUGGCAAUGUAAACUUAAUCAAUGAUGUGAUGAAGGCUAUGCACAGCUCUGGCCACCGGAUUGAUCAGGAAUUAUUUGAUAUGGCUAUAUCACGCUACGUUUCAAAACCAGAAAAGAAGGAACUACUUCUGCAGUUACUGGAGUGGAUGUCUGGUCAAGGCUAUGUUAUUGAUCCAUCAACAAGAAAUUUGAUUCUGAAGAACUCUCACUUGUUUGGCCAUCAACUUAUUGCUGAGUCAUUGUCCAAGCAGCUUGUGGUGUCAAAAAAGGUGAAACCUCACAAGGAAAAUGCAAGAUAACAUAAACUGGAUAGCAAAGUUGAGCAUUAAUUUUUUGUAUAGAGAGCUCUGAUAUGCUGCAGGUCUUAAGCUGGUAAUUACGUUGCUAAGGCAACCUAUAUUUGUAGAAGCAGCUUCCAUUGUCUCAGCUUAAGGACAUCUAUGGCAAUGUGAUAUGAGACAGCUCGAUCAAGUUGCAAACAAAGAGAUCAAUUACAAGAACUAGAGUUAAGAAGACCAAAGAAGCCAUGAAUGGAGUAGACAAGAAGCUCCUUCGACCAAUGAAGGAGCGUGAAAGAAGAUUCAAGAUUGUUUUGCUUUGGGCUUGCGAGCAAGAAAACCCGACAUUUGCUGACUUGAGAUGAAUUGGCCAAAUUCUUUUAAUUGAACUUUUAGGAACUUAUCAUAAUAAGUGACACAUGAUUAACACACAUUUUAAGGCUUAUUUAGCUUAUUUUUAUAUGCUUUUAUUAGCACGAAAUUAUACAGAUUGUCCUCAUGAGGAACUGAUAUUCAUUUUUUGUUCCCAUUUUUGAUUUUGUUGUGUAAGUAGGCUUUGGUUUUAUACGCAAUAAGAAGUGACACAUGAUAGUCGCACAUUUUAAGGCU